ACCGCCUCCAGCAGGACGGAGCUCGGCCGGCCGCGCCGGGGCCCGUCCCAGGUCUGCGGCGGGGAACCUGCCGGGCCACGUUGGCAGGCCCCGGGCCCGCACUUUCGAUCAGCUCUGUGCCCUUCCCUGGAGAUUCCAGCCACCAGCAGAGCCCACCCUCUUCAUGGAAAGCCCAGUGCAGUGUCCCCCUGGUGAUGGCAUCCGACAGUGAUGUGAAGAUGCUGCUAAACUUUGUGAACCUGGCGUCCAGCGACAUCAAGGCAGCUCUGGACAAGUCCGCGCCCUGCCGCCGCUCCGUGGACCACCGCAAGUACCUGCAGAAGCAGCUCAAACGCUUCUCCCAGAAGUAUUCCCGGCUCCCGCGGGGCCUUCCCAGCAGAGCGGCUGAGCCUCAUCUGAAAAGGGGGCCCGAGGACCGGCCCGGGAGGCUGCCCCUCGAUUCUGGCCCUGAUUCCAGCCCCGGAGGGGGUGGGGGCUGCAAGGAGAGAGCUCUGGGGAAUCCCUACAGGGAGGAAUGUCUUUCUAAGGAGCAGACCCUACAAGGGCAGAAUCCAGAAGCUGCUAGACCUGGCCAGGUGCCCAUGAGGAAAAGACAGCUGCCCGCUUCCUUCUGGGAAGAACCGAGGCCCACCCACAGCUGCCCCAUGGGGCUGGAGGGGGGACUGGGCCCAAGGGAGGGAACUCCCUAUGAGGGUAAGAAAAAUUGCAAGGGCUUGGAGACGUUGGGGCCUGAGACUGCCCCAGUGCCCAUGUCCCCAAGAGCACUGGCUGAAAAGGAGCCACUCAAGAUGCCUGGGGUCUCCCUAGUGGGCCGUGUCAAUGCCUGGAGCUGCUGCCCCUUCCAGUACCAUGGACAGCCUAUCUACCCGGGCCCUCCGGGAGUCCUGCCUCAGAGCCCAGUCCCCAACCUGGGUGCAUGGAGGAAAAGCCCGGUUUUCCCCGGGGACCUGGCCUACUUCUGCAAGGAUGUGGACAGCCUGGGGCAGAAAGUGUACAGACCCGUGGUUCUGAAGCCCAUCCCCACCAAGCCAGCCAUGCCCCCACCCGUCUUCAAUGUCUUUGGCUACCUCUAGCUGGGCUGGGAGGGCAUCGACCCCCACCUCCAGCCUGUAGGAGUGUUGGGGGCCCUGAGAAACUCUCCUUGUGAGGAGGGGGCUGGGCAGUGGUGUGGCCUUUCGGGCAUUCCAAAUGCCCUUCUCUUUGUGUGUGUGGGAGAGGGAGAGCAGGACUGGGGCAGGGGCUUCUCAGGCAGUCACUGAUUCAGCCCUUGCAGCCCUGGAGCUGUGGGGCUGGGCUCAGCUGGGCCCUCCCUAACCGGGCCAAGCCCAGCAGAUGAUCCCGCUGUCCCCAUGCAGAUCAUGGGCAGUGGGACUUUGCCCCUGCUUGCCACCCACCCCAAAAGCCAGAGUUACACAUCUGUCCACCUGCCACCCACUGUGGGAGCCCUUCUCACCUGCUGUUCAUUUUGUUCUUUGUGAAUAUUAAGAUUAAAAGAAUAAAA